AUGGCUCACCUCGCCCGCACCCUGACUCGAAGAGUCACUCCCUCACUGAGCAUCCUCCGCCAAACCCCAACACUAAGCACCGCCUUCCAUCUCACCCGUCAACCUCGAAACCAAACCCAACAAACCCUCACUCCCCGCCGAACCUACCACUCAAACCUCCACCCCCGCCUACCGGACCACGAAUACACAAACUCACAAACAGUCAUCCUGACCGCCGCGCUGAACCAUGUCCCAACCCACGGUUUCACAAAAGAGUCAUUAGCCCUCGGCGCACGAGACACAGGCUUCCUAGACGUCUCCGUCCAGCUUCUUCCGCGCGCCGAAUUCGACCUCAUCCUAUUCUACCUCGCCAGCCGGCGCGGGAUCCUCCGCGCCAAAGUCGAAGAAGGAGGCUUAUUCCGCCGUCUUGCGGCCGAGAAAGGAAAGGACGUAUUCGAACUUAGCGUUGAGGAGCGGGUUCGCGGUCUCCUUCUCGAGAGACUGCGAAUGAAUUCCGAGGUCAAGCAUGUCUGGCAAGAUGCACUUGCGCAAAUGUCUCUUCUUUCUAAUAUCCCGCUUUCGUUGGGCGAAUUGCACGCUCUUGCUUCUGAUAUUCUCACUCUGGCUGGUGAUGAUUCCGUGGAUGUGAACUGGUAUACGAACCGGGUGGCGGUAUCUGCUAUCUAUGCUAGUGCGGAGGUUGUGAUGACUCGGGACCCGACGGCGGAUCUUGUGGAGACGGAGGAGUUCGUGGAUCGUCGGUUCGAGGAUCGGAAGGCGAUUGCCAAUAAGCUUAUUGGCAUUGGGCAGUGUGCUGGGUUUGGGUGGAACACUGCUGUUGGACUUGGUCGGAGCUGGGGACUCAAAAUUUGA